AUGGCAAUAUUCAAUAGCAGCCGAAAUAAUAUUAGAUAUAGAGUCAGAUUAAAUUUACUAUUUAUUAUAUACAUUGUCUUGUUGUUGAUGAUAACAUCUGGCAAUAAUGUAUACAACAAAGAGAUAGGAGGCAGUCCAAAUAAUUUUUAUGUUCAUGGGGAAGAAAUUCCAGUGGGCGCAGAAGACAGAAUCAAUUCAAAUACACCUCCACAACUUCCCAAGGUAAAUACACCUAUAUCAACUGUAGUUCCAGGAACAACAGGAGGUAAAAAUCCACCUCUACCUUCAACUUCAGGCACUACAAAAAAUCAAUCAUCCUCUACUACUGGUAGUAUUCCAAUUCCAACUACAACAACAUCAUCAUCAUCAACAACCACUGGAGAACCAAACACUCCUGCAGUAAAUUCAACUCCUGCCACCACCACAACUUCUUCCUCAACUACUACUACUGGAAUACCAAAUCAAUCUACAACUACUACAUCACAACCACAACCAAUACCAUUACCAUCACAAAAAGUGGUUACACCCCCACAAACGACAACAAGCCAAGCUUUGAACGAAAUAAAGCAAUCAACUGCACAAUCGACAACAAUCUCCAAAUCAACAACAUUUUACUAUCCGUCGACCACCACGGGAGGUCAACUUGGAAACACGGCCGUCAGCACAACUGGAUUCAACCAGCAAUCAAGUACCGGCUAUAGUACCACUUAUAGAGGUACAACCACGUCAAUCAUUCCGACUCCACCAAAAAUCGAACAAAGUCAGGUUGUCAGUGCCAACAUCUCGUGUAAAGGUGUUUUUUGUCCAAAUGGUGCCUGUGUUUCGUCGCUUGCCAAAUGUCUAUUACAGUCAAAUGGUAUUAUUUCAAGAUGUCCAAUGGCCACUCCUAUUAGAUGUCCUGAUGGUACAUGCAGUCAUCUACUUACUCUAUGUCUAAAACCCAGUGUAAAAUGUGAUGAAAUGUGUCCAAAUGGACAAUGUGGUCCAUGUCCAGAAUAUGAUGGGUGCCCAGUCGCCUCUCCCAUUCAAUGUCCAAAUGGUAUUUGCGUCGCCAAUGAAGAUGAUUGUGACCAAUGUCUAGAUGGUUCAUUAAAAUGUUUUGAUGGUUCUUGUUCUUCUCCUUGUCCAUUGCCACCAUUUUUCUAUAAACCAAUCAAUGUUUUGACAAUAUUAAAAGAUAUUACCAAAAUACUUCAAGUUCCUGUUAGUACCUAUAAUGAUCCAUUAAAUGUAUCAACUGACCUUCGUAAGAUUCUUGAUGUAUUUAUCGAACCAAAUACGUUUUCCAUCAAUACCAGUUUUGCCAUCAAUGCAGUGUCCGAUAGUUAUGUUUCCAAGAUUGAAAGUACAUUUGAAAAUUCUUCUGAACCUUCUGGAUCUUCUUCACAGACUGCUCUCCAUUUACUAUCUCCAGUAUAUAACAUCACUGCCACCUCUUCCAAUGGUACUGCUCAAACUAAAUUUGAUAAAAAGGUUAGAUUAGAUUUUGAUUUAAUUACCUCUUUAAAUGAAUCAGUUAUUAUGAAUAAUGUUUGUUUAGGAUUUAUCAAUGUAUUGACAAACAAAUGGGAAUGUAUUCCAAAUUCAAUUCAAGGUAUUCAAGACAAUAAGAUUGUGACCUAUACUGACCAUUUCACAUCAUUUGCAUUGUUGCUUCAAUAUCGUGACGAUUCCUCUUUUAAUACUGGAGGUGAUACAACUUCUUAUGUACCUAUUGGUACUAGUGGUGGUUCUGCAACAUCGUCAUCGUCGUCGGGCAAGACUUCUGAUCCCAACAGUAUAUUCCCAAACAAAAACAAACCAAAGUUAUCUCCAUUGGCCAUUGGUUUGAUUGUAGGGUGUACAGUUGCCUGUCUUGUCAUUGUGUUGGCUGGUGUAGUAUACCACUAUUCAGGUAAACACAAUGGUCUUCGAAACUGGAUCGUUGCAAGUAGACUCAUCAGCACCAAGAGCCGUCUCCCAGUUCCAUCAAGAUCAUCAAACUCUUUGACUGCGUCCACUUCGUCGUCAUCGAGCAGUUGUUCAACGUCUCCCACUUGUUCACCACCACAUAAAACACUCUCCCACAAGGACCUUGGAUUGCACGAUGAAGAAGUUGAAGAGGUUCCUCCUGUCAAUGGUAGAGUCUAA